UAUAAACCUACAAAAUACUUUGAAAAAAAUUCGGCUGAACUCAAACGUAAAAAAACAAAACCAACGAAGAACAAGGAAGACGUAAUACCACCGACAUGGCAAGAGACAGUUGCUUGGCUCGCGUCACCACCGGGGUCGCCGUCGGAGGAGCUGUUGGCGGCGCCGUUGGUUCUGUAUAUGGGACUUACGAGGCCAUUAGGUAUAAGGUCCCUGGACUUCUGAAGAUUCGAUAUAUCGGGCAAACCACUCUCAGUAGCGCAGCAAUUUUCGGUCUUUUUCUGGGUGCUGGUAGUUUGAUUCAUUGUGGAAAGUCAUACUAAACCAUUCUUUGGUUGUUGAGAUUGUAUUUUCAGGAAGCUGCUAGCUUAGAUAAAAGGUGUAUAACGUUUAUAAGCCUUUGGCUUUGUUUUUGAGUUUCUCUCUUGCCUUGGGGUGAGUGAAAAUUUGAAAAUAUGACUUCAAUUUGGCAUAAAAUUUUUUGCUUUCCUUCUCUGUUUCUCUAGUGAAAGCAAAACAUUACAGAACAUGCUCUAUUCUGCUUUUUGUUUUUCUUUAAUUCUUAAUGUACUAUUAAGGUCAUGUUUGGUGUAUAAGAUAAUGAAGAGAAUAAGAUAAUAAUCAUU